ACCUCCAGCCAACGAGACUAAGAUACUUUUUUCCUCACCUGUCCCUGUGGGUGCCCUCUCAAGGUUAGAACUGAAGCUAUGUGGGACCGGCGUCUUCCCCAGCAUCAGACGAGAGGAGCUGCGUGAAGGAGAAGCAGCCAGAGAGAAGAGUGACUGCUCUGUUAUCAUGAAUAGCAGCGUGCAGGUUAACCUGCCCAAAAGCUGGGCUGCUUCAAGUGGCUCCCUCCAGGAGAAGUCUGAGCAUUCUUUUUUUCUUUUUUAUUACUAUAGGAUGGAGGAUGAAGCUGUCCUGGACAGAGGGGCUUCCUUCCUUAAGCAUGUAUGUGAUGAAGAAGAAGUAGAAGGCCACCACACCAUCUAUAUUGGGGUUCACGUGCCGAAGAGCUACAGGAGAAGGAGACGACACAAGAGGAAGACAGGGCACAAAGAAAAGAAGGAAAAGGAGAGAGCCUCGGAGAACUACUCUGAUAAGUCGGAUGUGGAAAACGCAGAUGAAUCUAGCAGUAGCAUCUUAAAACCUCUCAUCUCUCCUGCCGCCGAACGCAUUCGCUUCAUUCUGGGAGAAGAAGAUGACAGUCCAGCACCCCCCCAGCUCUUCACUGAAUUGGAUGAACUUCUGGCUGUGGAUGGGCAAGAGAUGGAAUGGAAGGAGACGGCGAGGUGGAUUAAAUUUGAAGAAAAAGUGGAACAGGGAGGAGAGAGAUGGAGCAAGCCCCAUGUGGCCACAUUAUCCCUUCAUAGCUUAUUUGAGCUGAGGACAUGUAUGGAGAAAGGAUCCAUCAUGCUUGACAGGGAGGCCUCUUCUCUCCCUCAGUUAAUGGAAAUGAUUGUUGACCAUCAGAUUGAAACUGGCCUAUUGAAACCUGACCUUAAGGACAAGGUAACCUAUACUUUGCUCCGGAAGCACCGACAUCAAACCAAGAAAUCCAACCUUCGCUCCCUGGCUGAUAUUGGGAAGACAGUUUCCAGUGCCAGUAGGAUGUUUACCAACCCUGAUAAUGGUAGUCCAGCCAUGGCUCAUAGGAAUCUGACUUCUUCCAGCCUGAAUGAUAUUUCUGAUAAACCGGAAAAGGAUCAGCUGAAGAAUAAGUUCAUGAAAAAACUGCCGCGAGAUGCAGAAGCUUCCAAUGUGCUUGUUGGGGAGGUUGAUUUCCUGGACACGCCUUUCAUUGCCUUUGUUCGGCUACAACAGGCUGUUAUGUUGGGGGCCCUGACUGAGGUCCCUGUGCCCACAAGGUUCUUAUUCAUUCUUCUAGGUCCUAAAGGAAAGGCCAAGUCCUACUAUGAGAUUGGCAGAGCUAUUGCCACCUUGAUGUCUGAUGAGGUGUUCCAUGACAUUGCUUAUAAGGCAAAAGAUAGGCAGGACCUGAUUGCUGGCAUUGAUGAGUUCUUAGAUGAAGUCAUUGUGCUUCCCCCCGGGGAAUGGGACCCAACAAUCAGGAUAGAGCCCCCAAAGAGUCUUCCAUCAUCUGACAAAAGGAAGAAUAUGUACUCAGGUGGAGAGAAUGUUCAGAUGAAUGGUGACACCCCCCAUGACGGAGGCCAUGGAGGAGGAGGUCAUGGAGAUUGUGAAGAAUUGCAGAGGACUGGACGGUUCUGUGGCGGGCUCAUUAAGGAUAUCAAGAGGAAAGCACCAUUUUUUGCCAGUGACUUUUAUGAUGCUUUAAAUAUUCAGGCACUUUCAGCAAUUCUUUUCAUCUAUCUGGCAACCGUAACUAAUGCUAUCACUUUUGGAGGACUGCUCGGGGAUGCCACCGACAACAUGCAGGGUGUGCUGGAGAGCUUCUUGGGCACCGCUGUCUCUGGAGCUGUCUUUUGCCUCUUUGCCGGUCAACCACUCACUAUCUUGAGCAGCACAGGACCUGUUCUAGUUUUUGAGAGGCUUCUAUUUAAUUUCAGCAAGGACAAUAAUUUUGACUACUUGGAGUUUCGCCUUUGGAUUGGCCUGUGGUCAGCCUUCCUGUGUCUCAUUUUGGUGGCGACUGACGCUAGCUUCCUUGUUCAGUACUUCACUCGCUUUACAGAGGAGGGUUUCUCUUCUCUGAUCAGCUUUAUUUUUAUUUAUGAUGCGUUCAAGAAAAUGAUCAAGUUAGCAGAUUACUACCCCAUCAAUUCCGACUUCAAAGUGGGCUAUCAGACUCACUUUUCCUGUGCCUGUCUGCCCCCUGACCCAGUUAAUAUCUCAAUACCUAAUGAUACCACAUUGGCUCCCGAGGAGUUGCCAAGUAUUCCUUCUAUUGACAUGUACCAUAACACCACCUUUGACUGGACAUUUUUGUCGACAAAGGAGUGCUUGAAGUACGGAGGAAAGCUCGUGGGGAACAACUGUAAUUUUGUUCCUGAUAUCUCUCUCAUGUCUUUCAUCCUCUUCUUGGGCACCUACACCUCUUCUAUGGCUCUGAAAAAAUUCAAAACAAGUCGUUAUUUUCCAACCAUGGCAAGAAAACUGAUCAGUGACUUUGCCAUUAUCUUGUCCAUCCUCCUCUUUUGUGUAAUAGAUGCCCUGAUAGGUGUGGAUACUCCAAAACUAAUUGUGCCAAGCGAAUUCAAGCCAACAAGUCCAAACAGAGGUUGGUUUGUUCCACCAUUUGGAGGAAACCCCUGGUGGGUCUACCUUGCAGCUGCUAUCCCUGCUUUGUUGGUCACCAUUCUGAUUUUUAUGGACCAGCAGAUCACAGCUGUGAUUGUAAACAGGAAAGAACAUAAACUCAAGAAAGGAGCUGGGUACCACCUGGACCUCUUUUGGGUGGCAGUGCUCAUGGUGGUGUGCUCCUUCAUGGCCCUCCCGUGGUAUGUGGCUGCUACCGUCAUCUCCAUUGCCCACAUUGACAGCUUGAAGAUGGAAACAGAGACAUCCGCACCUGGAGAACAACCAAAGUUUCUUGGAGUGAGAGAACAAAGAGUCACUGGAACCCUUGUGUUUAUUCUGACCGGUCUGUCCGUUUUUAUGGCUCCUAUCCUGAAGUUUAUUCCCAUGCCUGUUCUCUACGGUGUGUUCCUCUAUAUGGGGGUAGCUUCCCUUAAUGGUGUACAGUUCAUGGAUCGUCUGAAGCUGCUUUUGAUGCCCUUGAAGCAUCAACCUGACUUUAUCUACCUGCGCCAUGUCCCCCUGCGCAGAGUCCACCUGUUCACCUUCCUGCAAGUGUUGUGUCUUGCCCUGCUCUGGAUCCUCAAGUCAACUGUGGCUGCUAUCAUCUUCCCAGUCAUGAUCUUGGCACUUGUAGCUGUCAGAAAAGGCAUGGAUUACCUAUUCUCCCAGCAUGAUCUCAGCUUCCUAGAUGAUGUCAUUCCAGAAAAGGACAAGAAAAAGAAGGAGGAUGAGAAGAAAAAGAAAAAGAAGAAAGGAAGUCUGGACAGUGACAAUGAUGAUUCUGACUGCCCAUACUCAGAAAAAGUUCCAGGUAUUAAAAUUCCAAUGGACAGCAUGGAACAGCAACCUUUCCUAAGUGAUAGCAAACCUUCCGACAGAGAAAGGUCACCAACAUUCCUCGAACGCCACACAUCAUGCUGAUAAAAUUCCUUUCCUUCAGUCACUCGGUUUGCCAAGUCCUCCUAGAACUCCAGUAAAAGUCGUGCCUCAAAUUAGGAUCGAACUUGAGCCUGAAGACAAUGAUUAUUUCUGGAGGAACAAGGGAACAGAAACCACAUUGUAACCUGUUUUUCUCUUAAAACUGACAGUUUUUAAUUGUUACUGUUCUUGUGGUGUCUAUUUACUUUUUAAUUUUUUUUUGUUCUGUUUUGCUCUUUGGUCACUGGCCAAAUGCUAUAGCUCUCUCUGUGCUUCUCUCUUGCAUAGGUAAAACCAAGACUAAGAUGCACCAUUCCUUUAAAAACAGAAAAAAAAAAAUGACACUUUUGUUCUUACACUUGCAGAUGUAUCCUUCUACAACCAAAUUCCUCUGUCACUCAAGAUUCACACAGACACUGUCCUUUUCUUUUACUAAGCAGAGGGCAAAAGUAUUAAAGAUUUUAUAACACCUUUUAUUAAACUGUUAAAGGAACUUACUAACUAGCUUUGGAGCUGUGCUUACUGGCUUGUCAUUCUGUCUGGUAGAACAAACUUUUAUGGCCAGCAGAAUCCCCUUCUUGCUUCUAGAUCUCUCUAGGACUGGAAAAAAGUGCUGCUAUUCUAACUUGCUCUGCUUGUAAACCCCAAUCUUAGAAUUUUCAAAAGAAAUAAAACUAAAGGUACUUUACUCCCUAGAGAAAAACUGUUGCCAUCAUUGUAGCAAGUGCUGGAAUAAUGUCCCUUUUUCCUAUGCAACUUUUUUUAACCCUUUAACGAACUUAUCUGUUGAGUACAUUGAAGAAUAUUUUUCUUCCUAGAUUUUGUUGUUUAAAUUAUGGGGCCUAACCUGCAACUUAUUUUUUGUCAAUUUUUUUAACUUUUUUUUUAAUUACUGUAAAGAAAUGAAUUUUUUCCUGCAGCAGGAAACAUAGUUUUGAGUAGUUCUACCUCUUAUUUGUAGCUGCCAGGCUUUCUGUAAAAAAUGGUAAUGUAUAUAAUGUGAUUUUUACACACACAUGCACAGACACAUACAAAUACACAAUCUCUCGGGUAAGCCAGAGGGCUAGAUAAGAUUUUCAAAACACCAUGUUUCUCAGCAUCUAUUUUUCCUGUCUUUAAAAGAAAUUUUGCUGUUCUGUGAAGGAGAAAAGAGAAGCUUCUACAUGAUGAGAAUAACUGAUAUUCUGAUAGUAGUAUCUGGCACAGACGCUAAUUGUAUUACCAUGUCAAUGUCCUAUGCAGUAUUGUUAGACUUGUUUUUUCAUUCAGAAAUAUGUGUGUAUUUGUGUGUACACUCUGUGUGUGACUGGUGCACAAAUGUGCAAAUUUACAGAAAGAGUGAUACAGGAGAAAAUCUAAGUUACCCAGCCCCUCUUAUGUCAGUUUUCAUAAAAUCCAAACCACACAUGAAAAAUCCACUAGAGCUCAAAAAGACAGCGUUCAUUGUACAAAUGGGGAGGAUAAAUGUAUUCUAUCAUCCAGAUGUCAGUUAUCAUCCUUGAUACAAUGCCCCAUAUUUACAAUAUAAAAUACGAGAAAUAUUCAGUGAGCUCAUGGGAGAACAGAAGAAUAUGGAGAGUAUACUUCUAUAUGUUUUAACAGUUUUUAGGACGUAAAGGCAAUCAUUCCUUAUUGUUUGGAAGUUUAGAAAUUAAAUGUGUGUAUAUAUAUGUGUGUGUAUAUGUUUAAAAUCCAUAUCAAAAAUUAGAAGAAAAAUUAGACCUUUAUUCCACAAAUUUAGCAUGUUAUUUAAAUGUAAUAUUUUUAAUAAGAUGCAUUGUAUAUUGUGAAUAUGCAUUAAAAAUAACAUUUUAAAUGUCGAAUCCAUAAUUUUGGAUUCAUAUAACCACGUUUGUAAUAUAUCCUAACUAAAACAGGUUGUUAGAUAAGUACUAGAAACAGAAUGAAACCACAUUCUUUGGGUUUCAUAAUAUGAACAUUUGACUCCCACUCAUUCUUAUAUUAAUUCUAAGUCUAUCCUUUUGAAAUUUUGAUUACAAAAUUUUUAUUAUAAUGAAUUAGCACUUACUCUUAUAGUACUGAUCAUCUUAGAAAUUUUCAUUUUAUACAAAUUAUGCAUAGCAUAAAUGGCCUCAAAUUUUUUUAUCUAAGUGAAAAUUGACAAUUUACAUGUUACUUGUUAAAAUAUCACAUGCCAAAUUUGGCAUCAGAUUUGUUUUUAGAGCUGUCCUAAAAGUGAUUAUUCUAUAAUAUUAUUAAAAUUAUCUAAUUUUUCAGUGCCCUAAAAUAAGGAAGCUUUUCUUUUUCUUUAAGGAUGGAAGCAUCAAUAAAAUGCUUAAAAGCCAGGCAUAAUUGAGUUUAGCCUAACCUAUGAUCUUGUUAAGAUACUUUUGUUUACUUUUAUAAAAACUAAGAUAUAUAUUUUUUUCUGAUCAUGAAUUAGAUCUUUGAGGAUUUGUGUCCAUCUCCCUUUCAAAGAACUCCUGAAGCAAUCCAAUAUUUCAUAUUUUUUAGUAAAUCUAAGAGAUCUCAUUAUGAUUUCUACACUAUGAAAGAAGGUUGCUAUGGAUAAUCUAAAUUUAAAAUAUGACCUUAAACUGGUGAAAAGGAACAGUUAAUAUCAAACUCUUUCAAUAUUGGGGGAUUCAGAGAAGUUUUUGAAAAAAAAAAACAUUACAUUUAGAGAAACAGAUGUAGUUGCUGCCAAACAAACAGAACCCAAGGUCCAUUUAGAGCAUCCAAUUACCUGUAUCCUAACUCAAUUUAUUCAUUGUCUAAGAACUAACCGAAUUUGAGGAUGGUUUGUUUCUAAGGAAACUGGACACACAAACUACACCAGUAAUUUUUAUACAAAGUAUUUCUCCCUAUUGUGAAUACCAUGAGGAGAAUAUUUAAGUAGUUAGAAGGAUUAAGUGUACACUCAGCCACAAGGUUGCACAAAAUUUACUGCUGGAAAAAAAGAACUUAUUAGACCAAGUCUAUCUUGUCAGAGGAUAAGAGCCUCUGGUUUUGCAGUUGUAAGAAAAUCUCUUGGAAGCACUAUAUCCCAUGAAGCAUGUCAUUCUCUAGUAUGUAGAAUAAUGACUUGGAAUCAUAAUUAUUUUGUGUGCCAAAGGUAAUAAUGUUCUGCUUCUUUUUCUAGUCCAGCAGUGCAAGGAGGGGUAGGAGUAAUGGAGGCUUGAACAAGUAGAACAAACAAACAAAAAAACCUUUCUAAUCAGCCCACCUCAUAAAAGAAAAAAGGAGUGUGUAGACACUUGUCUGCGUCAGUAAUUCAGUCUGUGUAUAUUUUAUGCACAUGUACCAACACACACAGAGUAAAUAUAUCUGCUAUAUAUUGGUGUUUAAUACAAAGAACAAUUGUCUUCUGAGUUUUAGGUCUUUUUUCUUAAAAACAAAAAAUCUGUGUUAAAGUACUUGAAAUGUAUUGACUGCUGACUUUUGAAAUUAAAACUAAACCCUGAGUUGUUAUUACAGAAUUUGACAUUGUUCAGGGUUGGGACAAAGGUUUCUUCAGUCCUCUUCAUACCACUUAAUGAUUUGGUUCGGUGCAGGAACUUGAGAUCUUUUUAUUUAUUUCAUGAUAUUUUACUUCUGUUCUUCACGGCAUGAACAUGAAGUGCAGUUCCACCCAGUGGCUGAAUACAAUCAAAUGAUAUUUUCUGCCACUUGACAAUCGAAAGGGCCUUGGAAAUUUUCAGAUGAUGACUUCAUUGAGCUUCAUUGCAGCCUGAAAUAGAGUUUGUGAUAUAUGCUAGCCAGCUAAAUUGCAUUUUGACUAGAAAUUUGGAUAUUUCCUUUUUCUUGGCUCGGCUCUGUGGUCUAUGAAUACAUACAAAAUUCCUGAAUUCUGUUUCCUAGGCAAAUAUUGCAACUCAGGGCUAAAGUCAUCCAGAGAAACUUUUAGAGCCAGAAGUAACUUUGUCCCAAUUCUACAAUGUGAAAAGAGUGAAUAGUUGCCUCUUUUUCAGCCACUUUCAUGGCUGGUACAUAUCCGUACACAUUACUUUUCAGAAUCAAUACGCACUUUCAGAUAUUCUUAUUUUUAUUCUCUUAAGUCUUUAUUAACUUUGGAGAAAUGAUGCAUCUUUUUAUUUUAAAUGAAGUAGAUCAACAUGGUGGAACAAAAUGAUAACGAACAGAAAACAUUUCAAUAUAUUACUAAUAAUUUUUCCAAUAUAAAUCCUAAAAUUCCUAUAACAUUAUAGUAUUUUACAGUUUUAUGAAGCUUUCUAUUGUGACUUUUAUGGAAUUAAGAGAUGAAGAAGAUGAGAUAUUUUAGCAUUUAUAUUUUUCAAAAUUAAAUGUAUACUUAAAAUAAAGUAACUUUAUGCAUU